UUGUUCAAACGACAGAUUUGCACACCUAACACCUCUGACGUUUCCUUUUUAUAGAGGUCAUUUUGAAAGUUUUUAAUACGAUCCUUCAGCCCAUCAAAAGAAUAAGAAGAACUGUCAAAUUCCAAAGCAACUUAAAUUCUUAGCGAUUUGAUUCGGGAAUCGUUACACAGAUAUGGCGGAUGAAAAGGUUGGAAUUGCUAAGGAUGUUACUGAACUGAUUGGUAAAACCCCUUUGGUGUACCUGAACAAUGUUGUCGAUGGUUGUGUUGCGCGUGUAGCAGCCAAGCUGGAAUCAAUGGAACCAUGUUCUAGUGUUAAGGAUAGGAUUGGUUACAGUAUGAUUGCCGAUGCGGAGGCUAAAGGACUCAUCAAACCUGGGGAGAGUGUUCUCAUUGAGCCUACUAGUGGUAACACUGGCAUAGGCUUGGCAUUUAUGGCAGCAGCAAAGGGUUACAAGCUGAUCAUUACCAUGCCUUCUUCUAUGAGUCUGGAGAGAAGAAUUAUUCUCCGUGCUUUUGGUGCUGAGUUGGUGCUCACAGAUCCUGCUAAGGGAAUGAAAGGCGCUGUUCAGAAGGCGGAAGAGAUAAAGGCCAAGACACCAAAUGCCUACAUUCUCCAGCAGUUUGAAAACCCUGCCAACCCUAAGAUACACUAUGAAACUACUGGACCAGAAAUCUGGAGAGGAACAAAUGGGAAAAUCGACGCUUUUGUUUCUGGAAUUGGUACAGGAGGCACAAUUACCGGUGCAGGGAAAUACCUUAAAGAACAGAACUCUGAGAUAAAGCUAUAUGGCGUGGAACCAGUUGAAAGUCCUGUUCUUUCUGGAGGGAAACCAGGUCCACAUAAGAUCCAGGGAAUUGGCGCUGGUUUUAUUCCCGGAGUGUUAGAGGUGAAUCUCAUUGAUGAAGUAAUUCAGAUUUCAAGUGAUGAAUCCAUAGAAACUGCCAAGCUUCUUGCAUUGAAAGAAGGGUUACUUGUAGGGAUAUCAUCUGGUGCUGCAGCUGCUGCAGCAAUUAAGAUAGCAAAACGGCCAGAGAAUGCUGGAAAACUCAUUGUUGCUGUUUUCCCAAGCUUUGGAGAGCGGUACCUUUCUUCUGUUCUUUUUGAAUCAGUUAGACGAGAGGCAGAGAACAUGACUGUCGAGCCCUGAACAUGUUUCCCUGGUCUUCAAUCUGAGCAAGGAUUUUCGAGAAUGCAAUACUUUUCUUUGUUUGCAAGGCUAAUUACCUCCUGCAGGAUACUUGAACUUCUUUCAAAUAGCUGAUGAAAUUGUUGGAAAUAAUACGAAGCUUCUGUUCAUGGGAAUGAUGGGAGCUUAUAGUGGUUCUGCCAUUUUAUUUCAUUUGUUUGUUCGUGUCUUCUAGCUAUUUGUUAACAAUCGAAAGACUUCUGCAUUUCAUUUCUUCAAAUAAAUAAUUUUAUAAUGGAGUUCGUGAAUUUUGCAAAUGUUUCU